AACGUAUUCCACCUGGCUAUUACACCCACGAAAUAUUGGAAUACAACGGAACAUGGUGUUUUAUUCCACAAAAGGGUUAUGUUGCGACUCUUGGAUGAUAUACCAACUUUACAUUAUGCAUUGACAUAUGGUUUCAACAGGCAGGAGCCUGACCAGACGAUCAGAUGGCUGGGGAUUAUACAGAUGAUCAUUGACGUUAUUUAUUCACCCGUUGAGACAAUUGCUUGGGCUGGUGCACACAAAUUAAUAACCAUAGAUGUUGAAUUAUGGGACAAGACAUGCACUUGGUUCUGGAUUGUUUCUCUUUAUCUCUCAUUUAUGAAAUCCGCCAAGAAGUACAAAAACUUAUUAAAGCACAAGAGUGUGAUUUCAAUUAAUAGUCCGACUGAACUGAAGACAAUAGAUAAAAAAUUGACGAAUGAAAUAUUGACUUGUGGAAGAAUGCUGAUCGAUCUCAGCUAUGCUAUCAGCUAUUUACCACCGGGGACACUUUGGGGUGGUAAAAUGAUUACUUGGCAAAUUGGAGCACUUGGAACUGUAUCAUCAAUCAUUUCUCUUUAUCAAUCACUGAGUAAACGUGUUCCUACAAAAAAAUGUCUCUAAAUGCAUUCAAAUAGUUCUAGCAGUUUCAAAUGUGGUGAAAGAAAUAUUACUCUUUUAUUGGUGAAGGAUUCUAGCAAUCGUAAUUUUACUGAUUAAAAGCUGAGGCAAUUGUUAUAUAGUUUGUGAACUUUCAAGAGUUUAUGGCGUUUUAAUAAAUUUUUCUUAAAAACUUUA